GCAUUUUGCAUUGGGGAAAAAGAAAUUUGUAAAGGUCGUGUAGUGACAAUUUUUAUUGAACAUCGCCAGCUUGAAUAUUACAGUAAUUCAUUUCUCGCCAACGUGUACUUCACGUAGAAGGAUCAAAGAAUUUUCUUGAAGUAUAUAAUGGGAACUGAACCUUCGUGAACUGGCUUUCUUAACGCGGUGUUGGACCUGUUUACAUGUAACGGGUCGACAUGAAACAGGCAUGGAAGAAAAGCGGAAUGGGACCUGUGUUGUUUACUUAGAUUUCUAAAAGAAGGAACCUUGAUUGGGGAUUUUUCUCUUGGAUCCUAACCUCAGCAACUGGUUAAGGAUUUUCGUUCUCUUGGAUGGUGAAUUUGUUACUUCUUGUAUGAGGAAGAAGAGGAGAAAACAUUUGAAUACGCAUCUUUGUUAUUGAAAGCCACUUUCGGCGCGAUAUUGUUCAUAUUUGUGUUUUGCGAUAAGAUUUAUAUUUUGUCAAAAUGAAACGUUACCAGAAUGUGAAGCAACUUGGAGAUGGAACUUACGGAUCAGUUGCGUUAGCAAGAAAUAUUGAAACUGGAGAGACAGUCGCCAUUAAAAAAAUGAAAAGAAAGUAUUAUUCGUGGGAAGAAUGUAUAAAUCUCCGUGAAGUAAAGUCUCUCAGGAAAUUGAACCAUGCCAAUAUAGUCAAGCUGAAGGAAGUAAUCAGGGAAAAUGACUACUUAUAUUUUGUGUUUGAGUACAUGAAAGAGAACCUUUACCAAAUGAUGAAGAGCAGGGACAAAUUGAUUCCAGAGUCCAUGAUUAGGAAUAUAAUUUACCAAGUUCUCCAAGGGCUUGCUUUUAUUCACAAACAUGGGUUCUUUCAUCGAGACAUGAAACCAGAAAACUUGCUGUGUACAGGACCAGAGCUGGUUAAAAUUGCUGAUUUUGGUCUUGCCAGAGAAACCAGAUCGCGUCCUCCAUAUACAGAUUAUGUCUCUACCAGAUGGUACCGUGCACCUGAGGUGUUGUUACGUUCUACAAACUACAGUUCACCAAUUGACGUCUGGGCUGUGGGGUGUAUUAUGGCAGAACUUUACACACUCAGGCCACUUUUUCCAGGCAGUAGUGAAGUUGAUGAAAUUUUUAAAAUAUGCGCAGUGCUUGGCACCCCAUCAAAGGAAGAUUGGCCAGAAGGCCACCAGUUGGCAGCUAACAUGAAGUUCAAGUUUAUGCAAGUGAUUGCAACACCUUUGAAAGAGUUGAUUCCAAAUGCCAGCCCUGAAGCCAUUCAGUUGAUGAGAGACAUGCUACUGUGGGAUCCAAAAAAGCGACCAACAUGCGCACAAGCACUGAAAUAUCCUUACUUCCAAGUUGGGCAAAACCUGCCUAAACCUGCCCCACAAAUAAAACCUUUACAGCAAAGACAGCCUCCCCAACCACCACAACAACAAUACCAACAGCCAGUUCAAGAGAGGAAAGAUUCUGUCAAUUCGGGCUUUGGUAGUGGAAAUGAAAACAGGAGGUUUGGUGGAGAGGCAGGUACUGUCAGAAAAGUUCCUGUGGCAAAGGCUGGCAAUGCCCUUAGUUAUGGGAGUGCCCGGAAAAGAUGGGGUGAAGGCAGUGGAGUUAAAGACAGCACUGAUGAAUUUGAAUCCCUGCUUAGUGAGAUUGAUACAAGUAAUACAUCAGCAUUCACUAAGAAGCCUCCUGUUCAGAGGACAGACCCAAUUGAUUCCUUCUCAAGUGUGCAACGCGAUUCAGGUGUUAACAGAAAGACACCACCGAGUGCCAAACAGCAUUACAUGAAACAAGCUCGAUACUUCCCUGGUUCAACAAUGAACGCGCAACCUCAGGUGACUCACAACCCAGCGCCCUCAAUGUACACUAGAAAAGUCUCCUAUGGAAAGACAGGGAAUGCUGUGGGAGGCAGCACGUACGUGCCAUCUUUUGGCGGUGGGACACAAAACAGAGCUGGUGGUGUUGGAGGUAUUGGCUGGAAACCACCAAUACUUACCAAGCAAGGUAGUGGUACAAAUAUUUACCAGCCUCCUGGGGCACGCUUGGGUGUUGGAACUGACUGGAGUUCAAAAUAUAAAGGACGGUCUUGAGAGAGUGAUCAAUCGUUUAUUCAUUAGGUAUUGUGUUAGAAUAUCUAUAAUCUACACUUUUAGUUCAAUGUACAUAUAAUUAUAAAUAUCGUUAUAAACUCAGUGGAGACCAUCAGUCAUUCUAAAUUGAUAUACUCCUCAUUUAAUAUGUUUCAAUUGUAAGAAACAAUUUAAUUUCUUAUUUUUAGGUGUCAAAAAUCUUGACUGAGCUUUGAUGUAAAUGUAAACGAUUUCUUAAACCAAAACAGUAGUGGGCAAAAGCUCUUAAGUAUUGUUGGUAAUUGUAGGUAGUCAAUCAAAUGUAUUAUAGUCCAGGUGUUUUUAAUUGCAUCAAGCAAUUGUUCAGGAAUAUUUGGAAUCGUUAGCUGAGGGAACGGGAUAUUUAUUUGUUCGAUCAGGGGAUGAACGUAUUCUAGCAGUUGAAUUGAGUUGCGUAGCAACAAGUAUGAGUGUCUGUAAGUAAAGAAGUAAUAACAAACUCCCUUUGUUGUAAAUUCCUAAAUCUUCUGAGAGAUUUAAUCUUGAAUUCAUGUCAACAAGGCAGCUCUGUGUUU